AUGGCGGCCGCCAUGCGGGGCGGCAGCCUCCUGCGGUUCGGUUUCCGCCACGUUUCCUCCCUCCUGUUUCAGGCCCCUCCGUGCCCUGCCCCGAGCCUGGGCCUGAACCUGGCCGUUGGCCGGACCGGGCUGGUACGCCUCCGGUGCUCGGCGGCCGGGGCCGGCGACGACGGGGGCAAGAAGGUGUCGGCUCGUCUGGCUCUGACGCAGCAGGUGCUGCGGGACGCUGAGGAGCGCGCCGCGUCGGCGGGCUCCGACCCUGCCCCCAAGAUCACCCUGGGUAACCAACUACAGCUGGCCUGA